AUGGAUGUUACGUUUGUGGAGAAUAAGAUGUUUUUUCUUCUUAUGUUAGACGUGCCCAGUCAUGUUCUUCACGGGGAGAAUACAGUAAAGGAGGCACAUAACUGGUUUGAGAUAGAAAUACGGGGGAAAGAAGCACAAAAUAGUGUGCUGGAGCUAGAGUCUCUCAGCUCAGUUGAGCUGAGCCAAGCAACUGCUGGAAGUAGGUUGCUGACUAGUCUAGCAGAGCCAAACAUGACAACAAUGAUUCUGAAUUGGAUAGCAGCGAUCCCUUAUUUUGAUCAUACUUGCUCAUGUUCUACUGAACAUCCCUGA